AUGGAGGCGCUGCAGUACUCGACUGAACAUCAUGGACACUCUUCGAAUCCAUUCGACAAAUCUCUGCAGGACAUUCUCCACGAAGACAUCGCCGACCAGCCAGUCCGGCAGAUCAAGAGAGUGCGCAUCAAUCAAGAUCCAGAGGUAGCCGGCGAGAGAUCUGACCAGUCGAUGCCGCUCGAGUCACAGCAGUCGCCACAGCAGCCAAGGCAAGAGCCUCAGUUCGAGUCCGAGCAAGACGCGCAGUAUCCACAGCCUCGCCAAAACAAGUCGUUGCGGCCUCAACAUACUAGACCUCUACAGCCUUGCAGAAGGCCUUCUUUAACCUCCCCUGCUCCAACUCCUGUAGUGACCAGAAACCUCAUCGGCAAUGAACUCACGAUCUCAAAGUCGAGGACAUGGAUCAAUGUUCUGGACCCAACCACGCAAAAGUUUCUUGCUAGGGUGCCAGAAUCAACGCUGGCCGAGAUUCAAGCUGCCGUCAAGGCCGCUGAGACGGCACAACCGAGUUGGAAUCUUUUAGGGAUAAGUCAACGACGAUCCAAAAUGCUCGCACUGGUCGAUGCCAUACGUAGCCACAAGCCCGCCUUUCAGAGAGCGCUACAGAUUGAGAUAGGCAAGACGUGGCAGGACGCCGAUGCCGAGAUCGAUCGUGCGUUAGAUGCUGUAGAGACAGCAUGUUCAUCGCCCAUGGAAAUCUUCGGCAAGCACUGGAACAACAACAAGACCGAGAUUUUCACUCUACACCAGCCCAUGGGUGUCUGCGUGUCAAUCACACCGUUCAAUUUCCCGCUGAUGAUCCCGUUGUGGUCGAUCCCCAUAGCGUUGAUUUGCGGUAAUUCUGUCGUGUUGAAACCCUCCGAGAAGGCUCCCUCAGUGUCAGCUCUGCUCGGAGACUGCUUCAUGUCUCUCAAUCUCCCACCCGGUGUCUUCAACAUCGUACAUGGAGCUUCUGGCGCUGUGAACAAGCUUCUGGCUCAGCCCUCGGUCAGUGCCGUGUCAUUUGUUGGUUCGGAGAUCGUGGGUGAGCGCGUAUUUGAUCAUGCCAAGGCGACAAGGAAAAGGGUGCAGGUCGAAUCAGCCGGGAAGAACCACGGCGUCCUGUUGCAGGAUGCAGUCAAGAGCAAAUCCUUGUACGCCAUUGCAGGAAGUGCGUUUGGUUCGGCAGGUCAGAGGUGCAUGGCUCUCAGCGUCCUUGUCUGCGUCGGGCCAACCGCAGACUGGAUAGAUGAACUGGUCACUAUUGCCCGAUCACUGAAAGUCGGCUGCGGUUUGGAUUCACAUGCCGAUGUUGGUCCCCUGAUCACCGCAGCGGCCAAGGAGCGCGUCGAAGCCAUGAUUGAUACAGCCGAGGCCGAAGGGGCGACCAUUAUGCUGGACGGGAGGAACGUAUCGGUGCCCGGAUAUCCACUGGGCAACUUCGUCGGCCCGACAAUCAUCACCAAAGUAAAGCCUUACAUGCAGUGCUAUCAAGAUGAGAUAUUCGGCCCUGUGCUGGUUUGCCUUGAGGUUGACACGUUGGAAGAAGCCAUUGAAAUCGUCAACGAGAAUCGGUUUGGCAACGGCUGUACACUGUUUACCACCAGUCCAAUCCAUGCUCAGGCCUUCCAGCUUAAAGUCAACGUGGGCCAAGUGGGAAUAAACGUGCCGGUACUAGCUCCUUCAGGUCCCGUGGCGCGCACAUCGAACAAAGAUUCUUAUCUUGGAGCCAUUUCCGGAUGCAACCAGUGGCAAUUUUUCACCACGGUAAAGACCGUGACAACAUUGUGGCCUUCAGAUUGA